UCUUUCUCAAUCCAACUUACUUCAUGGUGUGUUUCCUUCAUUGCAAUUAGCCUCUUCCUCUCACCCUCAACCCGCCAUGGCUGAUUCAAAGCCCAAAACCCCAUCAAUCCCGCAAUGGCAACAGCCCUCCGCCACCAACUCCACAUCUCCGCCAAGCUCCGAUGAUGCUUCACGGUCAACUCUUCUAGAGCAAGCGACCAAGUUCUUACAAGAUGAAUCCUUAUGUGACGCCCCGCUAGAUCACAAGGUAUCAUUUUUGGAGUCGAAGGGUCUCCGACAAGAUGAAAUUGACAGUCUGUUGGGGGUGUCGCGAACCUCCGAGGCCACCAGUAGUACAGCCGCAACCGGGGAGGAUAAGAAAACCACGGAGUCGAGCACCACAUCAAGCACAAGCACCCCUGCCUCUUCAUCGCCUUCUGCCCCCGUAUCUCAAACUUCCUCUACAUCUACUACCGCCACCGCCAACCGGCAACCCCCGUCCACUCGUGACGUCCCACCAAUCAUUACAUACCCGGAAUUCCUCGUCAACCAACCCAAACCUCCUCCGCUGGUGACUCUCCGCAGCUUCCUCUAUACCCUUUAUGGCGCUGCAGGUCUAGGAGCCAGCAUUUACGGCGCAAGCGAAUACCUCGUCAAGCCCAUGCUUGCCAACCUUACAAGCGCACGGCACGAUCUAGCCGAAACAGCUCAGGAAAACCUCAAAAAGCUCAACGAAAAACUAGAACAGAACGUCUCCGUUAUCCCUCCCCAGCUCACUGCCCGUCGCGCCCAAUCUACCGGCUCGAGCUCCGAUGAUGAAACCGAGUCCGUCACAUCCGACCCGGCGGAGUUGUUCCAUCGUGAUGUCGCUGUCCAGACCUCAGAAGAUUUCAAUCUAGAGAACUCAUCCUCGUUAGCACCAAAUACCGCAGACACAGAGACUUUUGAUCCUACUACUGCUGUCAAUACACAUGUAAAGCGACUUGAAAUUAUCAGGUCUCAUCUACAGGAAUUCUCCGAGACGGACAAACAAUCGACUACGUGCGAUGAUACCGUCCGCACCAGCCUCAACGAGCUCCAGCAUUACCUAGAUGGACUACUCUAUAGCAAAUCUGGCUAUGGCACGACAAGUGGUUACGGUGUCUAUGGUGCAUCUGGCUUUGACAGCGGUGGAAACACGGCUGGCUUGAAUAAAGGCGAAGAAGACGCGAUAUCCAAUUUCAAGUCGGAGAUAAGAGGUGUCAAGGGUGCUUUAUUGAGUGCUCGGAAUUUCCCUGCUAGUCGGGGGCCGAAGAUCAGUAGUGGUCUCAACAGAUGAGGGUGGAAAUGACUGUUAUGAUAAUACUUUUGCUCGAGGCAGGGCAGCACUAUCAUGUGAAUAUAUAUGCAGCAUUCUUUUCUUCGUCUUUUCUUAGUCCGCUUAGUAGAAGAAUGUAUUGGUCUCCAGCAACAACCAACAAAGUAUUAAGGCCAAUCUGAUCUACUAUGGUGUCGAAAAUGGCCGCUAUGUCUGAAUCAAGUUGCAAUAUAGGAUUCCAUGAUGAUCUUUAU